CUUCGUUGUCCCAUUGCUAGUGGGUUUGUCUUUUGUCUACUCCGUAUAUUAUUUGAUCUCAAACGGUUUCCCAGUGAAAGUUUGUUUCUGCUUCACGAUAUAUCCGUCAAGCCGGACUUAAUUGAUGGGACUUCACCCUUCCUUUCUCUAACAAAGCGUCCUUGCAGUCAUUUCCCGCACCAGGGAUUCCUCAACAUUUUGCACAUGCUUCAAUCCAUAUAGCUUCCUCUUUUUCUCGAUAUUUCUCCCUGGUCGGCUCUUUCCGUCGAAAUAUCAAAAUUCCCUACAUCUUGUACUGGGUUCAUACGUACCUUCGGACCUCAGACGUGACUAUCAUAGGCCCAGGCGCGUCUUGAAUCGAUACCCACCACACCCUAUUCUUGCCUGACCACAAUAUGGGCCUCUUCAAGAAGAAACUCGAGACUUCCGAGUCCGCUACACCCACGAAUACCGAAGCAGAGACGGCCACCGUUACCACCAGCGUUACUCAUUCGAAUACGGACCUUGACAAGGAAACUAUGGCCGAGACAGGUCUUAGAGACAAUCCGUCGUCUGAACGAUCAACGACUCCCAAGCCCGGCAACUCAUCUGACUCCUCCAACGUUGAGAUCCAAGACGAAAAAGCCCAGCUUGAAAUUCAGGCUGCUGGUACGACUUCCUCUGAUGAAGCCAACCUCGUCUAUCCCACUGGGAUCAAGUUGGCUCUCAUCACACUCGCCCUCUGCCUCUCCGUCUUCUUGGUUGCCCUCGAUAAUACUAUCAUCGCCACUGCCAUCCCCAAGAUUACAGAUCGUUUCAAUUCGCUUGGUGACAUUGGAUGGUAUGGCUCGUCAUAUCUUCUCACCACCUGCGCCUUACAGUUGUUCUUUGGAAAGCUGUACACUUUCUACUCAAUCAAGACUGUAUAUAUUGUCUCGAUUGUUAUUUUUGAGGUCGGCUCUGCCAUAUGCGGUGGAGCUCCAACCUCGGCGGCUUUGAUCGUUGGACGAGCAAUUGCCGGUGUUGGCUCAGCUGGUAUCUUUGCUGGCGCACUGGUCAUCAUCGCUUAUAGCGUUCCUAUGGCGUCGCGUCCCAUCUACUUUGGUCUCAUCGGAGGCAUGUAUGGGAUUGCGUCUAUUGCCGGUCCUCUCCUCGGUGGUGCCUUUACUGACGGACCUGGCUGGCGCUGGUGUUUUUGGAUCAAUCUUCCUCUCGGCGCCGUUGCCUUGGCUGUUAUUAUCUUUUUCUUCCAUUCGCCCGUUCGUCAGGCGGAGACCAAUGUUUCAUGGAAGGAGCGAGCUCAUCAAUUGGAUCUGGGUGGCACCUCACUGUUCAUUGUCGACAUUGUCGUCUGCCUUCUUGCUCUUCAAUGGGGUGGCUCGACCUACCCAUGGUCCAACUGGCGAAUUAUUCUAUGCUUGACCCUCUUCGGCAUCCUCACCAUCAUCUUCAUCAUUGUUCAAUACUUCAUGGGAGAGCACGCCACAGUGCCCUUCAAGAUUAUCCGACAACGCAGCGUUGCAAGUGCCUGCUGGUUCGCUUUCUGUCUGGGUGGCGCAUUUUUCGUGCUCGUGUACUGGGUUCCUAUUUGGUUCCAAGCCAUCAAAGGAGCCUCAGCCUUCAAGUCAGGAAUCAUGACCAUUCCUCUCGUCAUGUCACUAGUCCUGGCCAACAUUGCGAGUGGCAUCGGCACAACGCUUAUCGGAUAUUACACCCCCUUCUACUACCUUUCUGUCGUCUUCUCCACCAUCGGUGCUGGUCUCCUCACUACCUUCGAAUCCAACACGGCUUCUCCAAAAUGGAUCGGCUAUCAGAUCAUCUAUGGAUUUGGUGUCGGUUUCGGGAUGCAACAAGCCAUCGUCACCGUCCAGGCGGUGUUGCCACUGAAAGAUAUCCCCACUGGAACUGCAUUAUGCAUGUUCAUGCAGACGUUCGGCGGCGCGCUGUUUGUUUCAGUAGCGCAAAACAUCUUUAACAAUCGUCUGAUCAGCGCUCUUCCCAGCGAAGCUCCAGGCAUUGACCCGCAAAUCAUCCUCCACGUCGGUGCAACCAGUUUACAAGAACAGAUCCCAACCGAGUUCCUCCAGGGUGUGCGAGAGGCAUAUAAUACCGCUCUGACCGAGACGUGGUAUAUUGCCGUUGCCAUGACAUGUCUGUCAGUCAUUGCAGCCAUCUUUGUGGAAUGGAAGAGUGUCAAAGGACUGAAGCCUGGUGCAGCGGCAGUAUGAACGACAUGACGACACGGGCUGAUACCAGCAAUCUGCCUUUGUUGUUUCCCACCUCGACACGUCUGUCGCUAUCAUCUCCUUUUAAUUUUCACCGUCAUUGUUCCAGCGAGUCCGUAAAUCUACAGGCGUUGCGGUGUGGUUCUCUGUAUCACGAUUAAACGAAACUCUCCAUGGUGGCUGAAUUGCAGAGGGCGUUUUGUGUUGGUUUUCAAUCGACCGUUGGGUUUUGGGCGUUGGAGUCAUCCCCAAGGGGUAUGGGCUUUAGUCUCAUCAAUUGACAUGGGCACACGAGAACAAGGUCUGAUUGACUGAUCAGGGUGGUUGGGUCAGAUACCUUGCAUAGACAUCUGAGAUGAUCGAGUAUGUAUGUUGGUGGGUGUAGGUACCUAGACGUACCUAGAUGUAAGUGAUACCGAUGUGGUUUUGCAAGUUUGAGGGAUAACCAAUACAUGGACUCUAC